AUGUCUGUCGAAGAAGUUAGUCAAAAAUUUGAAGAAACCGUUUCUGUUAGCGAUAAUAAUGAACCCAAGAGUGUGCUUUCGGAUAGCCAAUUUGAUGUUAAGCACCCAUUGAACACCAAAUGGACUCUUUGGUACACAAAGCCUGCCGUAGAGCAAUCAGAAUCGUGGUCUGAUCUAUUACGUCCAGUGACUUCUUUCGAAACUGUGGAAGAGUUUUGGGCUAUUGUGCAAAAUAUUCCAGAGCCUCAUGAACUUCCUCUCAAAUCCGAUUACCAUGCUUUCCGUAACGAUAUUAGACCAGAAUGGGAAGAUGAGGCCAAUGCCAAAGGUGGGAAAUGGUCAUACCAGGUUAAAGCCAAACGUGCCGAUAUCGAUGAAUUGUGGUUGAGAACUUUACUGGCAGUGAUCGGUGAAACUAUCGAUGAGGAUGAUUCCCAAAUUAACGGUGUGGUAUUAAACGUUAGAAAGGGUGGUUACAAAUUUGCAUUGUGGACAAAAUCAGAAGAUAAAGAUCCUCUGUGCAAUAUCGGUGCCAGAUUCAAACAGGUAUUGAAAUUGGGUGACGAUGAUCAUAUCGAAUUCUUCCCACAUUCAGCUGCAAACGCAAAGCAUCACCAACCAUCCAUCACUUUGUAA